AUGUCGUCAGCUUAUGAAAUUGCUAAAAGUGCCAGAGUUGCUGGUAAUAUUUUGAAGACUCUGUCCAACGAGAGUCGUUCUGCCAUCCUAUACAAGAUACAUGAUUCUUUGGCAGCCAGCAAGGAUACUAUCAAAGCGGCUAAUGAGAAAGAUCUGGCUGCAGCCGAGACUUCUAAUCUAUCCAGUGCCUUAUUGAAACGUCUAAACUUGUUUCAAGGCGAUAAGUUUGAAACUAUGUUGCAAGGUAUUAAGGACGUCGCCGAUUUACAAGAUCCUGUCGGUCAAGUGAAACUUGCUAGACAACUGGAUGAUGAUAUGAUGCUAUACCAAGUCACCGCACCAGUGGGUGUGUUAUUAGUCAUCUUUGAGUCUCGUCCGGAAGUCAUUGCUAACAUCACUGCUCUAUGUAUAAAGAGUGGUAACGCCGGUAUCUUAAAGGGUGGUAAAGAAUCUGUCAACACUUUCAGAGAGAUGGCCCAAGUUAUCAAUGAUACCAUUGCUAAAAACGUUGCUGCCACUGGUGUCCCCCUAGGCGCCGUUCAACUGAUAGAGACUCGUCAAGACGUCUCUGAUCUAUUAGAUCAAGAUGAAUUGAUUGAUCUUGUAGUUCCAAGAGGUUCUAACGCAUUGGUGAGAAACAUCAAGAGAAAUACAAAGAUUCCUGUAUUGGGUCAUGCAGAUGGUAUUUGUUCUGUAUAUGUGGAUGAAUUUGCAGACUUAGAGAAAGCCAAAAGAAUAUCCGUAGACGCGAAGACAAAUUAUCCAGCAGGUUGUAACGCUAUGGAAACUUUGUUGAUAAAUCCAAAGUUGUCUCAUUGGGAAGAUGUUCUAACAAAUAUGAUUGAAAAUGGUGUGACUUUACAUGUUACUUCAGAUGUAAGGGACUCUUAUACAAAACAAAUCGGUGAUAAACUUACAGAUGAUAUAAAAUCUCAUAUUGUAGAUGUUAAUGAAAAGGAGGAUUUCGACAAAGAAUUCAUAUCCCUAGAUUGUGCUGUUAAGUUUAUCAAGGAUACUCAAGGGGCCAUCGAACAUAUCAACGAGCAUUCUUCUAGACAUACAGAUUCUAUCAUCACAGAAAAUAAAGAAAAUGCAGACAAGUUCCUAAAGGGUAUUGACUCUGCAGGUGUCUACUGGAACGCCUCUACAAGAUUUGCCGACGGGUUCAGGUACGGGUUUGGUGCUGAAGUUGGUAUAUCGACUUCAAAGAUCCAUGCUCGUGGUCCAGUGGGUCUUGAUGGUCUAGUCACAUAUCAAUACCAAAUCAGAGGUAAUGGUAACAUUGCAGCCGAUUAUUUGGGUGCUGGUGGUAAUAGAGCAUUUGUUCAUAAGGAUCUAGAUCCAACUAAGGUUUUCUUGUAG